AUGUUUAUUGAGCAAAUAAAAAAUUUUAAUUAUAACAACCAAACAUUUUGUACUAUUGAUGAUUUAACAGAUAUUAGAGCAGAAGAAAAUGAUGCACUAACAAAUAUUGGUUGCACUCUUUACAAAGGAUACAGGCGUCUAACUGCGUAUGAUGAUGAAAAUAGAGAAAUAUUUUGCGAUUAUUUAAAUCUUUGGUUAGAUGAAAAAAAAAGCACACAUACAACAGAUAAAUCAGAUGUUAUAAUAGAAAAAUGGAUACUUAUUGAAAAAUUAUGGAAUAAAUUAUAUGAAAUAGAGGAUCCCAGUCGUAAAUGUAAAAGACAAGAGGAUGGAUUUGAUGUAUAUUGCGUAAAUAGGGAUUAUUUUAAAGAUUUAUGCAAAAAAGCCAUAGAAAAGAAUAGUAAUGUUGAAAAAGAUUGUUCAUUAUUUUCUGAAUUCAUAAAUAAAAGUUAUGCAGAAUUUUUUGAUGAAAAUAGAUGUUUUGAUGAUCCCCUUGAUUCUGACAAUUAUGGGUAUUCUAUUUCUGAUGAUUGUGAUUUAAGUAAUAUAGCCAAAACAUUUCCUAAAUAUGAUUCAACUCGUCAAACUAUUUUAGAUAAUGAUAAUUUAAAAGCAACUAUAAAAAGAUGCGUAAUUCCUCCAAAAGUAGAAGAUGGGAACAGUGAACCAAGUGUGGAAGUUGCUGAUGUUCCCCCUGAAACUUCUGAACCAGGUAAGGUACUUACUGAGUCAGAAGAUGCUCUUACUGAAUCAAAAUUUCGUCACCCUGGACAAGAAGUUGAUCUUGCUGUCCCUCCAGUCUUAUUUCAUCCACCAUCGGCAGAUGCAAAUUUAACCGACAAUGGACAUUCAAAACCUAUCUACUAUGCUGGAUUAUCAUUAUCAGGAGUUUUUUUCACUUCCAUGGUUUUGUAUAAAUACACAGCCCUUGGACCACUCAUCCGUUCUUUAGUAAGUAAAAAGGAAAAAUUAAGGCAAACUACUAACAAACAUUUAGCUCAGCAGUGGCUUGAAAGAACUUCAGAAUAUAUGGAUUCUAAUUCAGAAAAUUCCCAUUAUAAUUUUCCUUAUCAGUCUAUGCAAAAUUAA